CCUUCUUUCCAAAUGUAGAGGAUUGACGUGUGCAUUUAAAUACUUGUUACAAGCCCCUAGUCCAUCCCGACCGCUCCCAAAUUGCUUGAGGUCGUUCCGUUCGGUUCGGUGGGAAUUCGCUCGGUCACUCUCAUCGGAAAUGAGUGAGGAAGAGGACGUGAUCCGCAUGCGGGGCAUGCCCUGGUCCGCCACGCCCGAAGAAGUCAUCCAGUUCCUUUCCCCCGCGAAAGUGAAGGGAGGCAAAGACGGCGUCCACUUCACCCUCUCCCGAGAAGGCCGCCCCAGCGGCGAGGCCUACGUCGAGAUGGAGACCAAGGAAGACGCGAAGAAAGCCCUCGAGAAGGAUCAUAAGAACAUGGGUCACAGAUAUAUCGAAGUAUACACGACAAAGAGGAACGAGAUGGACUGGACGCUGAAGCGGCAGUACGGUGGACCCAAUUACCAGCAGGAUGGUUGUGUUCGUUUGAGGGGACUUCCGUUCGGUUGUACAAAGGAGGAAGUUGCAAAUUUCUUUGCAGGGUUGGAGAUAGUGCCGAACGGGAUAAACCUUGUGGCCGACUACACUGGGCGGGCGACGGGGGAGGCUUACGUACAGUUUGCCAAUGAUGACAUUGCCGAGAAGGCACUGAAGAAACACAAAGAAUGCAUAGGGCCCAGGUAUAUCGAGAUCUUCCGAAGCAACCUUUCGGAGUUGAAGGCGGCGGUGGGGCCGAAGAUGCGAUCCCCACUGGCAUUCCCCAAUCGCCCGGCACCCUACGACACUGGAAAUCGGUUCGGAGGGAUGAAUCGCUUUGGAGAGCGAGGCGGCGGGAUGGUUGGAGGUGGAAUGCCUCGUGGGCCCAUGCGUCCUAAUAUGGGUGGCCCUCCCAUGCGUGGCGGAGGUGGUUAUUCAGACUACGACAACGGCUGGGGUCCAGGCGGACGAGAUUCGUCUCGAAUGGAGCCGUGGGGUCCCGGUCCCCGGGACCGGAUGGAGCCGUACGGGAUGGGUCCCGGCCCCGCGGGUCCUGGUGGUCCCGGCCCGGCGGGGAAGGACUGGGACGACGACGGUCCGCGAGGGCCAGGUGGGAAGGAGCACAUAGUCCACAUGAGGGGUCUCCCAUUCCGUGCCACAGAAGCCGACAUUGCAGAUUUCUUUAAGCCCCUGGUCCCUGUGUUCAUCGAUAUCGACUACGAGAAGUCGGGUCGACCGUCGGGCAAGGCCGAUGUCGGUUUUGCGAGCCACGAAGAGGCGGCCAAGGCCGUUGCUCGUGACAAGGAGCAGAUGGGUCAUCGAUACAUUGAGCUCUUCCUUGAUUCCACCCCAGAAAGGGGCAACCCUCGCCCAGGGAAUAUGGGUCGAGGACUUGACGACCGUGAUAUGGGCAUGCCGAUGAAUCCAGCUCCAAACCGAAGUGAGUAUAUUCUGCUUGUUCCUGGGGAUGGAAGUCAUUCGGAGGACCUCCAGGGCCGGGCCCAACUGGUCCCGGGUUGGGCGGAGCAGGAAUGGGCGGUGGAGGACGACUAUGGGAUGAUUCUCCCAUUGACAAAGGGCCAGGUAUGGGUGGAGGUCCCGGUGGUUACUCGGGAGGAGGAGGAGGAAACCGAGGGUAUGGAGGCGGUUUCAACUAUUAAGUCCACUCAUGGCCCAUGUCGAAAGGGAGAGAGGAUCGAGGAAGACGUACCCGGUACCAAAUGUUGCGACGCUCUCGAGUUCAUCGUACGGUUCCGAGAGGGACUCGAAAAGAGCGCGGAGGGAAGAGAGAAGAUAGGGCCAAGCGAGGAAGACGUAGAUGAGAGCCGUAUUGACGAAGACGAAGUUCUUCAUGUAAGCGAUGGCGCGGGGACUCCUGAGCCACCCGGUGGACGAGGGAUGCCCUUCCCCGUCCCCAUCGCCGGAUCCGGGGUCGAGGAUCUUCUUACCCCUGCGUGCAGGCGGGUAAUCUCCGGCCCGGCGUCUCGUCAUCGAGGCACUCGGGUGGACACUGGGGCACCGAAGCCCCACCGCACCCGACUCUGUGGGGCUUCCGUCCGGAUCGUCGUCGACCCGUCUCGAAAGCCAUGUUUAAAGAUUGACGGGAGAUCCAAAGCCCCUCGGCACGCCCACGUUCUGGACUACUCUUUCGAGAGAAAAACCUUUGCAUUUCGUUCCUAA